AUGGGCGCGCGGCCGUGUCGGCCGGCGCGGCGGGUGGCGGGGGUGCGGCUGGCGGGCGUGGCGGGGUGUGGCGGGGCGUGGUGGGGGCGGGGCAGGCGGCGAGCGUGGCGGGCGUGGGGGUGGCGGGCGUGGCGGGCGGCGAGCGUGACGGCGCCCGUGCCCCCCUGGUGCCGCGCCGCCCCGCCCCGCUGCCCCCGUGGUGCCGUGCCCCCUCCUGUAGCGGCGGAGUGCGUAUAUGCCCCCACCCUCGCCGCCGCCAUCCUCAGGCUCCACUUCCACGACUGCUUCGUCAGGGGUUGCGACGCCUCCGUGCUGCUGAGCUCCACCCACGGCGUCGGCGGCAACAACAUGGCCGAGCGGGACGCACCACCCAACCGGAGCCUGCGCGGCUUCGUCUCCGUCCAAAGGGUCAAGUCCAGGCUCGAGGCCGCCUGCCCCUCCACCGUCUCCUGCGCCGACAUCCUCGCCCUCAUGGCCCGUGACGCUGUCCUCCUCGCCAGUGGACCCUACUGGCCCGUUCCGCUCGGCCGGAGGGACGGCCGCGUCUCCUGCGCCGCUGAGGUUAUGUCUCCAUCCAAUAUCGUUUAG